GUAGGAAGUGCCCCUGUCAGAGCAUUACUGUGACAUCCGGUUGAGGAGUCGAUGACUGAGCUCGGGUGAGAAAGGCAGCAAAUACAGAGUUAUAUCAAUGCAUGGACACGACUGAAUGAAACCGAAAGUGACUCAGCCCCAGACAAGGUGGCGAUCGGUCCCAGCCUGUGCAGUAGUUUACUCCUCCAGGUCUGGCAAUGAACAAGCAGCAGAGCAAGGAAAGCUUGAGGGACAAAGUCAAGGGCAUUUUCGGGCUUGGACCCCCUCGGCCACCAACGAAGCAGAGCGACACGAGACUGUCUGAGUUUAUAAUCACGACUGAGAUCAUCAAGGAGCUCCAGCCGGACUGCGGAUUGGGGAACCGUGUUCGCACAAUGAAUCAUGUAUGCGAUCUCGCCAAAACCAAAAAAUUUGAGGAGCAUGCAGUGGAGGCGGUAUGGAAAGCUGUUGAGGAUAUGCUGACCCUGGAACAACCGCCUGAAGCCAGACAUGCUGUCCUCCAGCUGCUGAGGGCGAUAAUACAAGGACAGGGUGAGCGGCUCGGCCCUCUGAGAGCCUACUUUUUUAGGGUGAUUCGAGACUACCAGCCGUGCAACGAGGACCUUUCUGAUAGGCUGGAAGUCUUCAAAGCCCUAACCGAGAACGGAAAAGACAUAACGUACCUGGAGGAGGACAUAGCACGCUUUGUCCUCCUGUGGAUGGACAUCGGACUCACCUCCGAUUUUCUUCACGUUCUUGUAAAUCUGGUGAAGUUUAACAGCUGCUAUCUGGACCAAAACGUGUCCGUCAUGGUCCAGAAAAUAUGUCUGCUGUGUAACAGAACGACUUCUUCAACAGAUAUCGAGGUGGCGCUCCAAGUUCUGGAUGCAGUGGUGUGUUACAACUGCCUGCCCUCAGACUCUCUCACAGUCUUCAUCAUCACGCUGUGUCGGACGGUCAACGUAAAGGAGUUCUGUGAAUCCUGCUGGAAGUUGAUGAGAAAGGUGUUGGGGACUCACCUCGGCCACAGUGCCAUUUACACCAUGUGCCGUAUAAUGGAGGAGAGGGUGUACAUGGAGGACGCUCCACUGUUGAGAGGAGCUGUAUUCUUUGUUGGGAUGGCACUCUGGGGUGCACACAGACUGCCCGCCCUCAAAAACACACCGACACUUGUUCUGCCAUCGUUCUACAAGGCCAUGUCGUGUGCCAAUGAGGUGGUGUCCUAUGAAAUCGUCCUCUCCAUCACAAGACUGAUAAAGAAGUACGGUAAAGAGCUGCAGGUGGUCACCUGGGACAUCCUGCUGGGAAUCAUAGAGCGACUGCUGCAACAGAUCCAGAUGAUAGGAAGUGCAGAGUUGAAGUCCAUUGUCUACGAGCUGCUGACCACCGUAGAGGAGCUGUACGAGCAGAACGGUUACCAUGGCUCUACAGAGAAGUUCUUCAGUCUGGUGGAGAAGUGUGCCGACAAGAGACCUGAUGCGUCAGUGCUGACCCUCAUCUCGUACAGGGCUCAGUCUAUUCAGCCAGCCAAGGAUGGCUGGAUUCAGAGCCUUCACCGCCUCAUGGAGAAGUUCUUCAGAAACGAGAGUCGCAGCGUGAUAAGGAUUAAAGUGCUUCACAUCCUGUCCUUCGUUCUCAGUACCAACCGGCAGCUGUAUGAGGAUGAGUUGAUAGAAAUGGUAGUGAUCCCCCAGCUCAGUGGGAUAGCUGAAGACCGGGAUCUGGCGGUCAGAAAACAGGCUACCCAGCUGCUGGUGGACCUCGCCGAGGGCUGCAACACGCACCACUUCACCAGCCUGUUGGACAUCAUUGAGCGGGUGGCCAGUCGCUCUCUGGUGUGUCCAGGACCCCUGGAGGUUACAGAAAGAGAUCCCACUGCCGAGUCUCCCAUGGAGGACGUCAGGACUGCUAUACUGGGCCUGCUGGAAAUCCUGCAGAGUAAGCUUUACAGCCUACCAGCCAGUCACGCUAGUCGUGUGUAUGAGUUGCUGAUCAGUCAUCUGCAGCUUCACUACAAGAACAAGUACUGUUCAGCUAUUGCUUCCAGUAUUAGACUGCAGGUGUUUGACUUCUUCCUGAUGAUGCGAGCAGACUCUCUUCAUCGUCUCGGAGUCCCCAACAAAGACAGGGCCAUGAGGUUCAGCCCUUAUUGCUACUGCGACACAGGGGAGCCUGAGAAGCGUGUGAGUGAAAAGAAACCUGCAGGUUCAACAUCUCCUCCUGCUGGCAGCCCUGCUCCCCCCACUGCUCCUUCUGCUUCAACAGCCACUAUACGCUCAGCCUACCUGCCCUAUGCACCUGCCUUCAGUGUUCUCCUGCAGUGCCUUAAGAUGGAAACAGACUGGAAGGUGCUGAAGCUGGUACUCGAAAAGCUGCCAUGGACGCUGCAGUACAAAGUUCUGCUGCUCACGUCCCCUUGUAGCUUGGAUCAGCUCUGCUCUGCACUCUGCUGCAUGGUGACAGAUCGAUUGAUCUCAGAGCGCCUGAAAAAGACCCCCGAGCAGUUCUCUCGCACUGAUGUUCAGCUGGCCGUGGUUCCUGUCCUCACAGCGAUCACUUCCUAUCAUAACUACCUGGAGCAGUCCAGACAGAGAGAGCUGGUUCAGUGCCUCGAGACCGGACUCAUUUACCGCUGUGCCAAGCAGUGUGUGGUGGCUCUCACAAUGUGCACCGUGGAGAUGCCCGACAUCAUGAUCAAGCUCCUCCCCGCUCUCAUCGUCAAGCUAACCCACAUCUCUGCAACCGUUGCCAUGGCAUCUCCUAUGCUCGAGUUCCUGUCCACUCUGGUGCGCCUACCCCAUCUCUAUGCCAACUUUGUAGCUGAGCAGUAUGUUAGUGUGUUUGCCAUCUCUCUUCCCUACACUAACCCUUCAAAGUUUAACCAGUACAUCGUGUCCCUGGCGCACCACGUGAUCGCAAUGUGGUUCAUACGCUGCAGACUCCCCUUUCGCAAAGACUUUGUUCAGUACAUCACAAAGGGAUUGCGUUCCAACGCCCUGCUGCCAUUCGACGACGGCCACGAGCAAAGUUCAUUUCGUGCCCGAAGCACCAGCCUGAACGAGCGGCCCAAGAGUCUGCGGGCAGCUAAAGUGGCAAGGGCGGCAGCGGCUGUAGCCAAUAGCAGCAGCUCUCCAGUUAAAGAGCUGAGGGACCUCUCAGCCAUGGACGCUUUCCGCUCCCGCAGCAUCAGUGUCUCGGAACAUGCGGUUCGCAGGAUGCACACCUCAACCACCACCUGCAGCCUGGGCUCUGCUGAUGAAAACGCGGUGACUCAGGCAGACGAGGGGUUAAAGACGGUCCACCUCGAGCUCACGGAGACCUGUCUGGACAUGAUGGCUCGAUACGUCUUCUCCAACUUCUCCGCUCUGCCCAAGAGGUCUCCGAUCGCAGAGUUCCUUUUGGCAGGGGGUCGCAGUAUGACUUGGCUGGUUGGUAACAAGCUGGUGACAAUAACAACCAGCGGUGGAGCCAGGACCCAAGCGCUGCUGGGCCUGGACAUGGCCGAACGGCUGGGAGGCGGAGGGGAAAUGACAAGGUCUGAUCCAUCACUGCACACCCGGAUUACCAAAGAGGCUCCAGCCAAACUGGAGUCUCAGUCAAGCCAGCAGCACAACAGAGCCACACGCAUACGAGUCCGCUCCAUGUCAGGUGGCCACGCUCUACGUGCCGGUCCUGCUCAGAGCCUGAGUCCUCUGGUGUCCCCCUCUGAGGGGGAACUAGCUGCUCCCCUCUCUCCCCCCUCAAGUUCCAACCUGGACAGUCUCGGUCCUCCCUCCUCCGCCUCUGCCACCCCGUCUGCUCCUCAGCCUCUCAAGGACAACCCCAGUCUGGCCGAGUUUGUCCCCAUGCUCACACAGGGCUGGGCAGAGAUCUUCAUUCGGAGACCAUCUGGUAACACUAGCUGGCUGAUGUGUCUGGAGAACCCACCUAGUCCCUUCUCCUCUGAGCUGGGCAACAUGCCGCUGCAGGAGCUCUCCAGUGUCCUCAUGGCCAUGGAGGGUGUGAAGGAUCCUCCAAUCCAGACAGCCAGCGCACCCGCCAGCACCGCUGCUCCUGCACCAGCCACUGUUUCUGAACCCCUGACCCAAACACACAGCAACGUCGGAGGGAAGGCACACCUGAUCCAGCGCUCAAAUACUGUCGGUGACUCUCUCUGGUCCCUGGGUUUGGGCUCUGCCCCCCCGGGCCCUCCGGCCCCUGGCAGGCUGCACAGGAGCAUUUCCUGGGCAGACUCUGUUGUGGUGCUGGAGGAGGGCUCAGGCGUCACCACAGCACCUACCCCAUCUGAUUGGCUAGAGAGCGAAGAGUUUGAACCAAUGACGUCUGAUCCGAUCUUCAUGUCUGCAGACAAGUUCACAAAGAUCCCGCCACCUGGAUCGCUCAGCAGGUCCUCCUCCACUUCCAGUCAAGACGAUGAGAAGUCGACACUGGAGGAAGUGAGCGAAGGAGCGAUUCCCAUCGAUCAGCCCACUGCUGGACCCUCCACCCCAGGCAGCCAGGGUCCCGAGCUUCCCUUCCAAGCCCACCCUCAGUCCCAGGGUCAUGGACUCAACAAGUCCAGCUCCUCUCCUGAGCUCCAAACCUUACCUGAAGCCUUCUCCAAGGCCGCUAUGGAGUCCGAGAUCAUGACGGGAGAUGCAUCAUGGCCCAAAGCACCUUUAGACAGCAAGCCUCAACCUCAGCCUCAGCCCCAGCCUCAGCCUCAGCAGCCUCAUUCAGAGAAAGAGAAGGUGGAGGGAAGCACAGGGGAUGUGACUAGCCUUGGAGGUCAGAGUCAAGUGGGUGAAGGCCCAGGAGUCAUUUCAUCUCAAAGUGGAGGAGGAGGAGGAGGAGCGAGGAUGAGGUUGGAGUUUCCAGCACCAGCACAACCUGGACCCAUCUCUCCAAGCGGAGGCCAUCGUCCCCGGGGUCACACCAUCUCAGUAUCAGCGCCCUCCUCCAGGAGGGAGAGGAGGACCGAGAGGGACUCGUACCACAGUCGACCUGGACCGAGCAACACAGAGAAGAUGUCUGGACUGAGUCCCAGCUUUGUCUUCCUCCAGCUGUACCACUCUCCAUUCUUUGGAAAUGAAGCCAACAAGCCUCUGCUGCUGCCCAAAACUCAGGUAAUUGACCGUGCUGUGAAGGUUCUGGACCAGAUGCCUCCAUAUGACACCCAUAAGAUCGGAGUUGUGUUUGUAGGAGCCAGUCAGGUUAACAACGAAGUUGCCAUUCUGUCAAAUGAAUACGGCUCGAACCGCUACGCCGCCUUCUUAACAGGCCUGGGCAAAUUAAUCCACCUGAAAGACUGUGACCCCGACCAGAUCUUCCUCGGAGGGCUUGAUCAGUACGGUGACGAUGGAGAGUUCACCUACUGCUGGCAUGACGACAUCAUGCAGGCUAUCUUUCACAUAGCCACACUGAUGCCAAACAGAGAGAGCGACAAAGGCUGCUGCAACAAGAAGCGUCACAUUGGCAACGAUUUUGUCAUGGUUGUAUACAACGACUCUGGAGAGGAGUACAAACUGGGCACCAUAAAGGGUCAGUUCAACUUUGUAGAAGUCAUCAUAAAACCUCUCGACUUUGAAUGCAACCUGGUCACCCUCCAGUGCCGCAAAGACCUGGAGGGGUUGGUGGACACAACCGUGGCAAAAAUUGUCUCCGACCGCAACCUUCCUCUUUUAGUCAGACAAAUGGCUCUGCAUGCGAAUAUGGCCUCUUUGGUGCACCAGUACAGAGCCAACCCUUCAGAUGCUUAUGCCUCUAAGUGGUUAGCGAGAUUACGACACAUUAAGAGGAUCCGGACCAGGGCUCAGGAGGACAUUCAGUCUCGUUCGACGCCCGGCAUCUCGCUGACUCAAGGACACACUCAGCAGAACAAGUCGUUUCAGCAGAGCACUCAAGCAGCAAACCCCGAGGCCUCAGGGCAGAGGAAAAGACUUGUAUCAACAGUGGAUGAUUUCACUGAUUUUGUUUGAUUACAUUUGUUGUCCUGGUAAACACACACACACACGCACACGCACACACACACCUGCCUUAGAGCUGAGGUGACUGUAUUUUCACCUCUUUGCGUGGAAGAAUUCAGGAGGACACACUGAUUUUGACUUCAACAGAUUGGUACUUUGUAUUGGAAGAAUGAGGAGGUAUUACAAAGGCGUAUUUUGUGACGAAGUAUUGAUAUGCGAAGACUAAUUUCUGCAUAUUUUUCAAAACUUUUGAAACGCUAAUGCUUUGCACUUUUGAGAACUAAUCGUAAUGUUUCUGAUGUGCAACAUGAGAUGAGCAAAGUUGUACAGACACUACAUUUGAGAGCAGGAUGUGUUUGUAUGUAAAUACAUGUGUGCAAUAAAAAAGGAUUGAUGUUUGGAUUCA